UGACAGAGAAGAGGAGGAAGCCCGUAAAUUGUCUGUUUACGUCCACUGGUUGCCGGUAAAACGGGGCAGGGCCAUCGUUCUCUGUCAAGCUAGCCAGAGUUUUACAGAAAGAAAAGCGAUUCUGCCUUCAGAAUAAACGCACCACGGCUGUUUAAAAGACAUUUUGAGUCUUCCGCUGAUGAGCCAUUUAUUUUGAAUGUACAGUGACCGGGACUUGUAUAUGUAACUCGGAGGUUUGACCCUGUUUGGGCCACGGUGAAUGCUUAACGCUAGCUUAAAUAUAAGGCAGAAAGGUAAGCUACAUGUAUGUGAUACUAAAAACACAGAAGGAACCGUGGAAUUGAACACAUAUGGAUCCUAACCGCAUAAUCCAGGCUCUGAAGGGGACUAUCGACCCUAAUUUGAGGAUAGCGGCGGAGAAUGAACUCAAUCAGUCGUACAAGAUCAUCAACUUCGCUCCGACGCUACUUCAGAUCAUCGUGUCGGAGCAGGUGGAGUUCCCUGUUCGUCAGGCAGCGGCCAUCUACUUGAAGAACAUGGUGAGUCAGUACUGGCAGGACAGGGAGCCGUCUCUGGGCGAGGUGGUCUUUCCCUUCAACAUCCACGAGAACGACCGGCAGCAGAUCAGAGACCACAUAGUGGAAGGCAUCAUCCGCUGUCCAGAGUCCAUACGCGCCCAGCUGACCAUGUGUCUGCGAGCCAUCAUCAAGCAUGACUUCCCCGGCCGCUGGACCGCCAUAGUGGACAAGAUUGGCAUGUACCUGCAGUCUCAGAACAGCGGCAGCUGGUAUGGCAGCCUGCUGGCUCUCUACCAGCUGGUCAAAACAUACGAGUACAGGAAGGCAGAUGAGAGGGAGCCGUUGCUGGCAGCCAUGCAGAUCUUCAUGCCCAAGAUUCAGCAGCUCAUCAGCCAGCUGCUGUCCGAUGCCACCAUCUUCUCUGUCCUCAUCCAGAAACAAAUCCUCAAGAUCUUCCACGCUCUCGUACAGUACUCGCUGCCUCUCCAGCUGAUCAACAACACAGUGAUGACUCAGUGGAUGGAAAUCCUCAGAGCCAUAAUGGACCGAGACGUCCCAGUUGAGACGUUGGAGGUUGAUGAGGACGACCGUCCUGAGCUGGCAUGGUGGAAGUGUAAGAAGUGGGCGUUACGCAUCAUCACCCGACUGUUUGAACGCUAUGGAAGCCCUGGCAAUGUGACAAAGGAGUACAAUGAGUUUGCAGACUUUUUCCUGAAGACAUAUGCAAUGGGCAUACAGCAGGUCCUGCUGAAGGUGUUGGACCAGCACCGACAGAAGCAGUACGUAACUCCUCGCGUCCUGCAGCAGUGCCUCAACUACCUCAACCAGGGCCUAUCCCACUCACUGACCUGGAAACAGAUGAAGCCACAUAUGCAGACCAUAUGCCAGGAGGUCAUCUUCCCUCUCAUGUGUUACAAAGAUGAGGAUGAGAAGCUCUGGCAGGAAGACCCUUAUGAGUACAUCCGCAUGAAGUUCAACCUCUAUGAUGACCACGCCCUACCAGCCACCGCUGCCCAGAGCUUCCUGUGUAAAGCUGCCCGCAAGAGGAAGGAGGUUCUUCCUCAGAUGAUGGAAUUCUGCCACCAGAUACUGAUGUACCCCUCCACUGACCCCCGCAGGAAGGACGGGGCACUGCACUGCAUCGGAGCUCUGGCCGAGCUCUUACUGAAGAAGCGGAUGUACAGGGAGCAGAUGGAGCUGAUGCUGCAAAACUAUGUCUUCCCUCUGCUCAAUUCUGCUAUGGGUUACCUGCGAGCCAGGUCGUGCUGGGUGCUGCACUGCUUCAGCCCCCUGCGUUUCCACGACGAGCUGGUGCUGAGGAACGCCGUGGAAUUGGUCAAACAGGAUCUGAUCGACGACAAAGAGAUGCCUGUUAAGGUGGAAGCUGCCAUCGCUCUGCAGACGCUGGUCAGCAACCAGGAACAAGCCAAGCUGUACAUCAGGCCGUACAUCCGGCCCGUCAUGCAGGAGCUGCUGCAUGUGGUGAAAGAGACGGAGAACGACGACCUGACCAACGUCAUUCAGAAGAUGAUCUGCGAGUACAACCAGGAGGUGGCUGCCAUCGCUGUGGACAUGACUCAGAACCUGGCGGAGAUUUUCACCAGGGUCCUUCAGAGUGAGGAGUACGAGGAGAGCGAGGACAAGACCGUCAUGGCCCUGGGCAUCCUCAGCACCAUCGACACCAUCCUCACUGUAAUGGAGGACCACAAAGAGAUCACUCAGCAGCUGGAGGGGAUCUGUUUGCAGGUGAUUGGUCUGGUCUUGCAGAAGCCCAUCAUAGAGUUCUACGAGGAGAUCUUGUCGCUGGCGUUUGGCCUCACCUGUCAGACCAUCUCCCCCCAGAUGUGGCAGCUUCUGGGCGUCUUGUAUGAGGUCUUCCAGCACGACUGCUUCGACUACUUCACAGAUAUGAUGCCUCUUUUGCACAACUAUGUUACCGUGGAUACAGACAUGCUCCUGUCCAACCCUAAACAUUUAGAGGUCAUCUACAGCAUGUGCAAAAAGGUGCUGACCAUCGAUGCAGGUGAGGACGCAGAGUGUCACGCUGCCAAACUGUUGGAGGUCAUCAUACUGCAGUGCAGAGGCAGAGGCAUCGACCAGUGCAUCCCUCUUUUUGUGGAAGCAGUUUUGGAGCGUUUGAUGCGGGGGGUGAAGUCCAGUGAGCUGAGGACCAUGUGCCUGCAGGUGGCCAUCGCUGCUCUUUACUACAACCCAGCCCUGCUCAUUCACACUCUGGAAAACAUGCACUUCCAGCUCAACCCUCAGCCCAUCACCGCCCACUUCAUCAACCAGUGGAUGAAUGACACUGAGUUCUUCCUGGGGCUCCAUGACCGUAAGAUGUGCAUCAUCGGCCUGAGCGUGCUGAUGGAGCUGCCCAGUCGGCCGGCAGUGCUGGAGGGAGUCGCCGCCCAGAUUGUCCCCUCCAUCCUGCUCCUGUUCCUGGGCCUCAAACACCUCUACGCCUCACGCCUUGUCAACAAACCGGACCUGCUGGCCCAUGCAGGGGCACAGGAAGAAGACCAGAACGAGGAGAUUCCCAGCGAUGAGGAUGAGGUGAACGAGAACCAUAACGACAUGCAGCAGCAGUCCAGCAUGGCGACGGGCCAGGCCAGUGAGGAUGAUGAUGAAGACGAAGAUGACUACUGGGAUGACGACGGCUUUGAGGGAACCCCCCUUGAGGAAUAUAGCACGCCUUUGGACUACGACAACGGAGAGGACGAGUAUCGCUUCUUCACCGCCGCCCUGCUCCGUAAGUCAUCCCUGUACCAAUGGAACGGCGAACAGAAGAAACAGCUGCAGGAGAUCUACAGCAUCUCACAACAGAGGAGGAGCACCGCUGCCAAGGGCCAGUGAGCGCCGAGGAGACGAGACAGACCGCAGAAUCGGAGGAGGGGGGGCAAAGAAGAAAGGAGCUGGUCUGACCUGACCUGAAGUGGAUUUCAGUCUAAUGUGGAUGAAAUCAGUCCAGAUCAGACCAUAUCAGAUUUAUUGGAUCUAACCCAAACCAGUUCCCAGGGUGCCAUCAGAACUGGAUGGAGGAGCAGGGGCUGAGUCGCCAUUAUGUCAGUUUGGACCUGGUGCACUGUAAAGAGCCCCUACUGGAAUAUUCCUAUCACCAGGACGUGUGUGUGUGUGUGUGUGUGUGUGUGUGUGUGUGUGUGUGUGUGUGUGUGUGUGUGUGUGUGUGUGUGUGUGUGUGUGUGUGUGUGUGUGUGUGUGUGUGUGUGUGUGUGUGUGUGUGUGUGUGUGUGUGUGUGUGUACUCCAGAUAAAGCUCUGCAUUCUAAAUAUAAAUGUCCUUGACCAGCAAAAGUAGUUUAAGUUCUUGUACAGUGCAGUCCUUUGGUGUGUGCGUGUGUGUGUGUGAGAUAUUGAGGAACUGUAAGAAAUAAAACCACAGACUGUGCGUUUGUACGUACUGUAA